UUAAGACAUUUCAUGCAAUGGCAAUGUGAUUCUUGUGAAACUUGGAUUCUAGAUAGACUUAGACCUAUCUAGAUCUAGACUCUAGAAACAGACAUUACAAUCCUAGAGAUCUCGUAUAGACAAAUGUAGUCUGAUGUUAAUCUUUAUUCUAGACACUCUAGAAUCUAGAUAAACAACAUUAAAAGUUAAAAACACGACACGUGUAACUAGUGUUAGUACUGUUAGUGUAACUACUGAGUGUACGACCGUAACUUUUUGAAGUUUUUGCCGAUACAAUGUCAACAUUAACAGAAAUGAGCCCUUGUAGCUUUGAGCAAGGAAAAGCAGAAGCUUCAAAGGGUAUCACAAGACGUCCACGUUUUGUUAUGAAACCUAACAUCAGGCCAGGACCUAGCAAGCCAAUCAGCACAGGGUCAAAACCUAAGUUGACCAACAGCCCAGCCGCAGCAGAAACUCCACCUAUUGUGAGUAAAUCUGCUCAUCCCACAGGAGAUGAGGCGAACCAUCACACUGAGAAUGAAAAUGCAAAAAGUGUUAGCACUGUGGAUGAUUGCUCAACUAAUCAAACUCAAGCAAUGGAUAAAAAUGCAGAAGUUGCAUCAGUUCCUACAGCAUUAAAUUCACAAGUUACAACUAGAAAUGAAGAGAGUGUAUCCAAGAGUGUAAACAAUUUGUGCGCUGAAGCUUCAAAGAAGAAUGAGAUUCUGCUUCAGGCAACGUCAGCUACAGAUUCCAGUCUGGCAUGUGACAAGCUGGACAAAACUGAUCACCAUGAAAAGCAGUUGAGUGUUAGCAGUAAAAUUAGUGUUUGUGAGGCUGUGCCAGAACAGAAAAGUGUUAAAGAGUUGACAGGAGUAGACCAUCCAGAUACUACCUCUGAAGGUGAUGGGACCUCUGUUUCUGAAUGUAUGUCUUUGGAACCUGACGGUGAAAGAAGGGCAGAUGUUGAGGAGGAUCUAAAGAAAAAGAAAAGAAGGUCAAAAAAACAGAGAACAGAACCUUUGCCAAGUAGAGAAAAGUCACCUGAUCGGCAGAAGAUGAAAAUGAGUGACCUUUUGUCAUGGAAUCCACAACAAAACUUUAUGCCAAAGAAGGUGAAGAAGAAAGACGCUGCUAGCACAUUACCUGAGCAAGUUGGUAGUAAAGCUGAUGAGGACAGAGAGUCCAGCAAUCAAAGUGCCUCACUGCCAGCCCCACAGGUCAUGAUUGGACCAGAUGGCAGUGUGGUUCUCAAUACAGAGAGCCUUUUAAUCCCGAGUGCUCCUGCUGAGACCAAGCUGCCCACUGCUAUAGAAGAAGAUGAUGAUGAUCGCUAUCUCAACACCAACUCCUAUAGAAAGUACAAGAGAACUAAGUUCUGGACAGAAGAUGAAACCGAUAGAUUUUUUCUGGGGCUGCAAAUGUGUGGCACAGAUUUCUCGUUGAUGACAAACCUACUGACUAACAGGUCUAGGCGAGAACUAAAGAAUAAAUUUCAUCGUGAAGAGAAAAGAAACAGACCAUUGAUCGACAAAGCUCUAGCCAACAGAAGAAUGUAUGACCCAGCACCAUUUGCUGAGAUGAUUGCAGCAGAAGAAGUAAAGUUGAAAAAAUUGGCAGAAAAAAAAGUGAAGCCUAAGCCUGAAACGAAGAAAGAUAAGAAGCCAGCCAAGAAAAAAACAGACUCAAAAAGGAAGAAGUCUGUGUCAGAAAAUGAAGAAGAUGACUGGGAUGCAACUGUGGAUGAUGACCAUGAUGACGUGGUGGAAGAAUCUCCUGUCGUCAAGCGCAAAAAGAAGUCAGAACCUAAAGUGCCUGUGUCUGUGAAACCAAGUGCAGCUGAGAAGCCAGGAUUUGAUAGCCAGCCUACAAAUACCAGCUCUCCACCAGCGCAGACAGCGCUGGGCAAUAAUGCACUUCAAUCAAUACCUGGCUCGUCUCAAGUGCAGAUUGAAAUGGAAGGAGUCAACAAUCCUGUCCAGGGUGUCUUGAUCCCCAAAUCAAUGAUCCCACUUAUUGCACCACAGCUGGGGAUCCCAGCCACUGCAACAGACUACCAAGUGCUUCUUGUUCAGGAACAAUCAUCAUCUGGAAGUUUGGUCCAUGUCUAUAUUAUUCCAGACUCAGAGAAAAAAGAUUCCACGCCUAGUUCAGGGUCAGCUAGUCUACCAACACAAUCAACAGUACCUGGGCCAUCUGGCAUAUCAAGUCUUCAGUUAUCCAACAUCUCAUCCCCUGGACUAAUGAAAAAUGUUUCUUAUGGUGCACAGGGUCAAGAACAUUGUGCCGAGACCCAUCGGCCUGCACCUGGUUCUUCACUUGAUUCAUAUGUCCCGAGCAGCAGUGUCUUGGACAGUGCUCACUCUUCACUCAGUUAUCCAGGGCAGCCUUCCUCCAUUGCUUCUCACCACACUGCCGUCGUUUCAGCGCUUUCAGGGCCCUAUCACCAAACACCCAUGGUCCAGGAGGUCCUGUGUAGCCCAUCACAAACAUGCAGUGUAACAGCAAGCACAAAUUACAAUGGUAACACAGUGUUGCCAGUGAAUAGGACGAACCCAAUAAGUGAAGUAAAGUCUAUGAUGGUGGAAGAUGAUCACUUUGAAGAGGAUAGAUACACAUUGACCAGCUUAUAAGUUCAAUGAAUUACAUCAUAACAACUCAGGAUCAAAUUAUAUCAUUCUUUGUGUUGACCACAGUGCAAAUUUCAACAGAUAUUAUUGAAAGAAUAUUUAUAUAUUAUUUUUACAUUUACCAAUUUACCAUUAAUAUUUUGUAAGUCAAUAUUUUGCGAUAUAAUUAUAUCAAUUAUCCAAAAUAAUUUUGUGAAACAAAAAUUUAUUUUUGCUUAUAUAAAAAAGUUUUUUUUUUUUUUUGUAUAUUUAACAAAACAAUUACUAGAAUUGACAUUAUAAAGGACCAACUCAAUUUGUUUGAAAUGUCUGAUCUUUGAUAAAACUGUAUAUGGAAGUUAAACUCAGUGCAUUUAUACUGUGACUGGAAAAACAAAUUAAUGUUAACAACGCUUUAACACAAUUGACACUUGAUAAUCUGACAGUUAUGGGAACGAAGGAGUGUCAGGUUAGCGAAAAUGUCUGAUUACCAAAGGUUAGCCAUACUUCAAAGUACUUAAAUCUAUACGUCAAAAAAAAAAAAUCUAUUUAUGAUGUAUUAAGAUAUUCUCUUAGACUUUCAAGGGUAUAAAAUAAACAAUAGACUAAAAAAAAAAAGAAAAAUAAAUUGAGCUGAAAACUACGAAACCUAUGAUGUCAGCUUUCAUAUACUGUACUCAAUUACAAUCUUAGCCUACCUAUAAUGUUAAAAUAUACUACAGUGUAUAGUUAUUACAUUUACACAAAUUUGUGUUGGCAUCACCUCAGAUUACUGAGAGUCAGGUUAUUAAAUUUUGGACAAUAUAAAGAGUCGACUGUAUAGCAAAGUAUGAAUUGAAAAGUAGCACUUAAUUGUCAUAGUUACACAACAGUUUUAUAAAAGGGCAUUAUAAUCAUGAAGUAUGAAUAGUAACGUUCAUGUCUGGAUGUGAAUGUGAGUGAGUCUCUUAGUUGAAUGCGAGUGAACUAGAAAUCCUAAAUGAAGCGUUCAUUGCAUUUAAUACAUUUCCUUAGAGAGUGAAGAUUGAUAUCUUGUUGGUUGCUAUUUUAACUAAAGUAUUAACAAGAUUUAGUACACUAGUUGUCAACUGUCUCAGGUUUGUCAUGAUGUAUAUAUAUAUUAGUUGAACUUCUUUGAAUGUUUGAAUAAUAGAAUGGCUGACUUGAGAUACACUUUAAAUGAAUCUUCUCUUUACACACGUAUUAUUAUUUUCACUUCCAGAUAGGCUAAUUCUUAACUCCCCUUUUCUUUAGGAAUCCCCCCCCCCCCCUUUUUUUUUCCAUGCCAGCUGUAAUGUUUGGUAUCUGUUUAUCAAAUAAAUCUUACUUUGUAGUAGGAAUGGGCUGCUUGAAAUGGGCUUUCAGUUUCUCCCAAUCAUUAAGAUCCCUUUAAGUAAAGUUCAGAGUUGAGCUGUUAGUGUCUCUACUUGUCAAUUCCAGCAUCUCCACUUGGUGUAGUGUAUUAUUUUGUUAAUCCCUUUCUCUUCUGCAUAAUUCUGAGUCACAAGGUAGCAGUGAUGUAGUUCUAAAUAUUUGUUUCUAUUGUGUUACCUGUUCAAUAGGAUUAGUUGUACAAGAAGUAGUGCAGUCCUUUUUCUUAGGCUGUCUAUGACAGAAGUAAUACAGUCCUUUCUAAGGCUGUCUAUGACAGAAGUAGUACAGUCCUUUCUAAGGCUGUCUAUGACAGAAGUAGUACAGUCCUUUCUAAGGCUGUCUAUGACAGAAGUAGUACAGUCCUUUCUAAGGCUUUCUAUGAUAUUGUACCUUCUGUCCAUCCCGGUGUUGGUAGCCCUCCAACAAUUUUCUAUUUCUACUGAAAUAGCUUGACUGUUUGUUUGAUUGUCUUUCAAAUGUAAGAUAUGCCUGUCUAAAUUUUCUGUUUGGCUGCAGGUCAAGUCCCUUAUCUGUUUGAAUGUGUUAUAUAAACAUUUUGUUGGUUAACACAGUGAAAGUAAAAACUUAUGAAAUAUGUCCAGCAUAAAAAACAAUGUAAAGCUUCAUCCUAACUAAUGAGCAAACCCUUGUUUCUGUGCUGCAGGCUACUGACAUGCUCCUUGUGGGCUAGUUUAUUUGUCUUGCACUUCUACUUACUGUUAUGAUAUUCUUGGAUGCAUCCGAAGCACUUGCGGUAACCCUUUGAGAUCUAUGGGACUGAUGAUUUAAAGAUUAUCUAUUUCUAUGGCUGACGGUUAACGAGGGUGUCAUGUGGCUAGGAUAACAACCAACUGGCUUUACUUUCCCCAACUAGAGUAAGGUGCCCUUUUAGAAUUGGAUGGACAUGGGGCGCCUUAAAAAUCCUGAAAUCUACAGUCCCAGUCCUCUGAGAUUCAAACAUGGGACCUCUCGGUACAGAAGCCAAAUGGUUCACCACUCAUCCACCCCGCACCCAUUUGAUAGUACACAAAGUUUACUUGGUGCCUGCUCUAAAGGGUUAGAUGUACAUGUCUGUGGCAAACACGUGUAAGAAUGACAUAAUGCACCGUUUUACUCCUGUGGAAUAAAUUUCUUUCUAUGAUAAUUUGAAGGUCCUCAACUUGACUUGUUGACCUUACAUGCUUUUUUGAAAAUAAAAUACUCCUACCAAUGCCAGAAGGGUGUAUGUAUAAAAGGAUGUUUGCUAGUAUGUAUUGAGGUACUGACUGCAGUGUUUAGAAUAGACUGCAUGGCCAUUGACAUUAAGACUGUAAAUACUGAGGUCACACUAUGUUGCAAAUGUCAUCUAACAUUUAACUGGUUCAAUGACUUUGUUCUGACAUUUAUGUUGUAGAUAAACUUCCAAUGUUACAUUGACGACAGAGUUACUGCCCAUGGCAUGUACAUUAAUUUAUUGCCUAUCCAUUUGUUUUCCCCUGAAAUAAAUCUUUACACAAAAUAAUUCACAACAAUCGUAUUUGUU